AUGAAGAGGAAGAAGGAAGAGCCCAGCGCUGAGCAAGAGACCGCGGUGUGACCUUUCCUUUGUGCAUCAUCUUACUUCUCUCUGUUGAGUUGGAGGAGCACAGCAACUGUGGUAUGAUGCUGUUACCCUUGUAGGCUACCUCCUGCCCACUCUCAUGGCUCUGCCCUGGAGGGAGGGGACUGAGGAGUGCAGCACCCCCCAGCACAGGGCUGCAGGUGGCCUCCAGACAAAUUUUCUAGAGCCCUUAAGUCAAUUUCAAAAAAGCCCUCUGCAAGGUAUUAGUUUAGACCUCUGGGAAGAGAAAGCUUUCCCUCCACCAACAGCCUGCUGUGCAGGGAGACAGGACAGAGAGAGCAGAUGUCAGAAAGUGAGUGAGAGAGAAAGGGGUGCCAGAAAAAAAGAGAGAAAAGGGGUGACCCCACUCAUUUUUUUGGUCUGGCCUGUUCUGGCCCUACCCACAAUGAUCAUGUGCCCCUGACAGAAUGUGGCCCUCAACAGGAGAAAGGGUUGCCCGCUCCCACACUAGCAUCUCUGCAUCAUCAUAAUUAUUUUUAACAUCACCACAGAUUUGUGGAGGUGUCAACGGAGAGGUUGGAGCAAACCAAAGGAAUGGUGUUUCUGGUGGAGGCUUAGUGGGGAGAACCUAGCUCCAUGUCCCCCAUGGAGAUGCUGCCCCUCUCCUUUCGGCUCUUCCAUGGAGCUUGAUGGAUUAGCUCAGGAAGGGAUACUGGCAGGAAGAGAUGAACCCAUUAUGUGAAUGAUAGCCUCUCUCAUCAGUGCCAGCAGUGGGAAGAGAAGAAUGUGGAAGACGUUAAUCUGCUUUAUUACAUUUGUUUCUCUCUCCUUGUUUUUCUCCCCUAGAGACUUUGCAGGCUUGGGGGGCGGGGGGGAAACCUCGCUCUGUGCAGAUAGGAAUGUAACUGAGGAUCCAGAAGCCAAGCUGGGCAAAAUGGCAAUUCUACACGGUGUCCUAUUUGGAAUUACCCUGAGCCUUAGAGACGGUGGGUAUCAUGACUUAAAAGAUUCUGUUAGCUUCUUAAGAUACGACUUUAUGGGGUUUUUUUCAUCUAUUGUGUAAGAAAGCUGCCUGCAAAAUCCUCCGGAUAUAAUCAAAAUGAAUUUGAAAGUUCAUUUAGAAACAAAGCACUAAUGUGCUUAUAUUGGAUUAUCUUAAUGAACAUUCUGUCAUACACUUUCAUAUAAAAUCUAGUAGAUGCCCCCCUUUCUACUGAAGCAUUGCCACUUGCACACUGAAAAAGAAGAAGAAAUUCAUAACAAACAAACAAAAAGAGAUGUAGUAAGUACAGCUAUUUAGAGAUGCUAUUUACAGAAAGACUGUGACCAGGUGACCUUAUGUGCCUGCUCAGUUUGCUGUCCCAGGUCCUCACAGUUGAGGGGCAAGCUGAAGACCUUGCAGCUCCUCCUCCUUAUGGUUUUAAACUCAACUUGGACUGGAUAGUCCUCCCAAGAGAGGACGUCCUCAAACAGAAGAUUGUCCUAUGUAAAGUAGGACACAUGGCCACUCUAUUAAUUGCUGAGCCCAUUUCAAUUAUUCAAUAAAACCAAAAAAGGCAUGAGAGAGAAGGGAGCCUUUUAGCUAUAUAAAUAUACUUGUUUUAACUGAUUUUAAUAUUGUAUUUUUCCAUUGUUGUAACCCAGCUUGGGACCUUAUAAUUAGGUGUAGGAUACGAGACCUAAUUAAUAAUAAUGAAUGAACAAAUACUACCACUAUUACUACUACUGCAGGCCGCCUGACCCUUGACAGUGUAAAAUUUCCUGAGCUGGAACUAUCAUUCUAAUGCAUGGUGUUCCAGUGUGUUUAUAUUAGGAUUGAGGAACUAGAUCUGGCUAAAGAAUCAGAUGCAUAGCGGCCAAUCCUCCAUGGGCCACUUGGGCAGAUGAGAAGGGAUGCCUACCUGUCAGUCACCUGACAUCAGCUGACUGAAACUGCAAAGGAAGAUUGUUCCUUCAUUUGUGAUCCCAAAUUGAAUCAGAUACUUUAAAAAUUUAAGCUAUGGCUGCAAAGGAAGACUCGAGAAUGCACCCCUGAUGCUUUCUUUGUAGCCUUGGCUUGAAUUCUGCCCUUUUUGAAUAUAACUAACACCUUUUUCUGUCAUCAGGCACAGGAAAAGUGGGCAUGGUUCACCCAAGACAGCCUGGGGGGCCGACUUCUGAGACCAUUACUGCUUUUUAUCAUGAGGGCAUAAUUUGAUGCAUGUCACGCCACAUAUCUUUAUUCUAUGGGGCACAGGAGAUUAAUACAGAAUAAAUCUAGCCCUGGAAGUAUCCGAUGAGCUGACUGUGGAUGGCAUGCAAGUUUAUCUUAUGAUAAACUCUCUUAACCUUUCCAAGCUUCUCAUCUCUGCCAAGAGACCAGAUUUGCACCAUAGUAGCAAAGCUGUACAUGCUGGUGACUUGAGCUCUUUUUAGGAGGACUUACAAGUCUGGCUGAUUGCCAACAAGCACACAGCAAUUGUUCUAUUUUCUUAGCCCAUAAUGGGAAUGUAAAAUUUGUGUCCAGUAAAGAUGACCAACUAUGAGCUAAAUAUGAUGUCAUUCCAGGGAAGGGGUCCUCCCCCCCCUUUUUGUAAAGAAAAAAAAUAGAAACUAAAUAGGUUUUAAUCAAUCUUUGUCAAGUUCUAGGGAAUGAUGUUGCUGUAGGAGAUGGCUGAAAUGUUCCAAACCUGUAAUUCUAAAGAGCAGUAAAAUAAUGGGCAUGAAGCCACAAUGAGGAUUCAUCUCCUCACAGAAUCAGUUUUAAAAGUUCACAGGAGUCCUUUUCUCCUUCUCAUUGCCAUGGAGCUGAAUGAAGACACUCAUACAAGACUUUGGCUAGUUCAACUAUACACAAAAACAAGGCUAGGAAAGCAGCCUAACUCAUCUAACAAUGGAAGCCACCCUGGUACAAUUUGGCCAUCGCAACAAAGCGUGCUCUCUGGAUACCACCACCUUAUACAUUGUUACUUUGGACCAAGUCCCACUGAACUCAGUGGAAGCCUAUUUCUGAUGUAGGAUCAAUAUAUUUUAGAUUCAUUGUCUUCUCAAAGAGCAUUCAAAAUGCAUUCUAACCACAUUUUAGCCACAAAAAGUGUGCAAGUCUCAUCUCCAUAAAAUAAGUGUCAAGAUUACCUUACCUUACCGCCGCUUUAAGAUGUUGAACUAUCUAUGCCACCUUGUACAAAUCUGGGGAUGCUAGCCAAUAGGCAUCCACCAGAGCUGAAAUUUCUGCAGUUUAGAUUGAACCAUGAUGAAAACUGCAUAACUAGGAUUUUUUUCUCCAAAGCUUGCACUAGGACAAACAUACACAUUUACUUGGAACUACCAAACCAUCUCCCAUCGUGCUUAAUAAGUCCUGCCCCCCUCAUAUACAUAACUAUAUAGCCCUUGAUGUUUUCCAGAUGAACUGCUCACUACCAUUUUCAAGAUAAGUUCUUCCCCUCUAAGGAAGCCAUUUCCAACAAAACUUAUUUAAUAUGUUCAUCCCUAUAGAAGGUAAUAAUGUAAACAGAGUGCACUAUCCCCAGUUUCCACAUACACGUACAUUCAGACAAGGCUGUAUCAGAACUAAUCAAGCAGUGACAUUGUUUUUGCCCUCAUCCUUGUCUCUAAAAUUACAUUGGCAGACUUCAGUGUUGACUCUAAAUCAUAUGGCUCAGAGUUGUUUAACCUGCUAGUUUAUAUUUUCCAAGUAUCAAUACAGUGUAACCUCAGGUUACAGACACUUCAGGUUACAGACUUCACUAUCCCAGAAAUAGUACUUCAGGUUAAGAACUUUGCUUCAGGAUGAGAACAGAAAUCGUGCAGCGGCAGUGGGAGGCCCCGUUAGCUAAAAUGGCACCUCAGGUUAAGAACAGUUUCAGGUUAAAAACGGACCUCCAGAAUGAAUUAAGUUCUUAACCAGAGGUACCACUGUACUGCAAUGUAUGGAUGCAAAUGACUCAUUUUUGGUUGGAAUCAUGUGCAUCCAAAAGAAACAUAAUAAUAUUUGCAGUUUUUCAACUUUGAGAAAGAUGUUUAAAAAUGAAUGAGCAUCAACAGUCAAUAUAGGUGAGUGGGAAGUUAGUCGGUGUGUGUGUGUGUCAAGAUUUUUACCAUUAACACUAAUUGCCUGCAACUUUGCUUCAGGGUAUCUUUCAAGAUAGAUAAUAUAUUGUCUGUCUGGAUAAAUAUUAGUCUUGCUCGGAGCCAGAAUGUCUCUCAAAUGUUUAAUGGUAGGGUAGGAAACAAAACUGUGUGUGUGAUGAAGCUGUCUUCAAAGUUGUGCUUUGUUUUGAUCUUUUGACAGAGGUGAUGCUGCCAAGACAACUUUCAUUGCACCCGUUUAAGGUAAAUGACAAGUUUUUGUGACCAGCUGGAUGGGUGCAGGACAUGCACAAAUUGCAGGAAUGAAGCCAAGGAAGGGAGAAUGAGUCAAAUACCUUGUUGUACAGCUUCCCAAGAAGAAACUGUGCUAAAUUAUAAACAUGAACAUCUUUCCCAGCCUAAACCACUCUGCUAUGUACACUUGCACUACUAAUCCUAGAAUCUUAAACUGUGAAAUAGGAAUAAAUCCAAUAAUUGUGUUAUUUCUGACUGGCAUUUAAAGGUAUUACAAAAAUAGAAGUAUCAGGUUAAUUUCAGGUUGUACAGUUACUGCAUUCCAAUAUUACCUAAAGUAGAAAGGAUACUUUUAAAAAAUCAUAAUACAGUUGUAUGGUGGGUUUUUGCACUGAGGCUGAUAUGGCUAUAAGAAGCACUUUAUUUCUACAGGGUCAGUAGAUAUAUGUUUUGGGAUGAGGUUAGACCAGCAUCUAAACGUUCAUGGCUUUGUUGCUUGCAAGGAUACAGUCCCUCAGGAGAUAGAAACAAAGAAAACCAAACAUCUACUCAGUAUCUCUUACCUUCUACUUAUAGCUUAUUGCUAUAACCAUCUGAUGUGUUCUCUGAAUUUCAAAGCUGAAUGCCUGGGUGGUCAGUGAAUUUAUGAAUUUUUCAGAGGGUGGCUGAAAAUGUUUUAUAUUAUUUUGUCUGGCCAUAGAAAAUACUGCAGUGACCAAAUCUUGUCAUAAUUAUCAUUGUAAGCAAUAGGCACUAUAUUGAAAUUGAAUGAAAUCCUGUGCAUAUUUAGGUAUGCAGUAUACAAAACUGUGGGCUGGAUUGAUUCUGCAUCUCUGAUUAAUGGAAAGAAUUGUUAUCUACCCCAUCUAUUUAUUGAAUGUACCUGCAGUCAAUUCGCACAGUCACAUUUAUGAGUGACCACACGUGUAUAUAGACCACUAAUGAUUCAAGUAAAGUCUAUAUAGAUUUAUAGAUUUAUCUAUAUACAAAUAUAGUCUAAGUUUACUCUUAAUUAUGCUGGAGCCUAGCUAGUGCACAGCAAUUUAUUUUUAUUUCAAAAUGUACUACGUUCUCUGAAAUACAUAUGUGUAGAGAUGGGCAUUGGUCAAACCCAGCAACUUUGAGAUCCUUGGAUGUACACACCUUGAACCUACCAGAAACAUUACAAGGCAAUCAUAUAUCUUUGUGAAAUAAAUUAGAAACUCAAAUGUUUCUUUAGUUAGGUUCGUGAAAGCUGUUUUUUCCACAGGGCAGAGAACUUGCCGAGAAGUUACAAAGACAACAGAUAACUCUUUCUGUCUUUGCUAUAUGACUCCAACAAGUUCCUCUUCUGGGAACAAUGACACUGAUUGUGUCAUUGGAUAUAACAGUAAUAUUGUAUGUAUUCAGGGUCAAAGGUGCUAUACAAAAGCUAAGUGUUAGCGAUAAAGCACAAGCUUCAGUCCAUUCCUUUUGACAAACUACUUAAACACCUACUUAUAUCUAGCUGUAGGCUUUGAGAAUCACAGCUACCUUGGAAGUUAGUUCCUUUGAACAACUUGAGCACAGAGUCAUUGAAAAGGGAUGGAAUUAAGUGUGCCUCCAAACACUUGCUAGGCCAGACCUAAUGAUAGUGGUCCAUAUUCACCGUUACUGUAAUUCCUGUGACCUCCAUGGAUGUUCAAAACUCUCCACAUUUAAUGGUACUGAUGUGUCCUUAUCAGCCAUCCAAACCUCCUUUGAGCAGUGCACGAGAUUCCAGGGGUCUUGGCACUUAACCAAGGUUUGUGUUCCAUUUGGAAAAUUAAGGCACAUAUGCAGUGUAUUGAAGUCCUGAACAGGAUAAGCGUUAUAGCCUGUAUUUUUACACUGUUCUUUCUAUCUUCCCUUAAUACUCCAAAUAUGAGCUACAUGAUAAUAUUUACUAAUUUAAGAGUUUAGGGGGAUCUGCCUGACAAACCCAUAACAAUAUGUUUACUGCCAUUAACCGACAACCUGGGUAUUGAGACUCACUAUAUAGUCAUUUUCAAGCCAUCUAUAUUGAUUUAAAACACUGGGGAAUCUAACUCAUCCAGAAUGCAUGUAUCAUCCAUGGGGAAUAUGCCAGCAGAAGCCCCUGCAGUUCCUAGAUGUAAAUCUAUGUCAUGGGCAUCAGAAAUGGUAGCGAUUGUGGUAUUGGAAUGUCUGAGGAAACAGAUAAAGGCAUUGCCUGUAACAAGAGGAGCAAAUAAGAGUAAUUGAGGGCACGGGCAGAAAUACAACUUGGCAUAGACCUUGAUGCCUUUCCAAGGCACUCCAGUGUGGUGUAGUGGUUAAGAGCGGUAGGCUCGUAAUCUGGUGAACCGGGUUCACGUCUCCGCUCCUCCACAUGCAGCUGCUGGGCUUGGGCUAGUCACACUUCUCAGCCCCACUCACCUCACAGAGUGUUUGUUGUGGGGGAGGAAAGGAAAGGAGAAUGUUAGCCGCUUUGAGACUCCUUCGGGUAGUGAUAAAGCGGGAUAUCAAAUCCAAACUCCUCCUCUUCUUCAUCUGAAAAAGUCUGAUGCUUCCAAGUUCAUUAUAAAGGAUGUCACGUUUAGGGAGCUUUCUUCUGUCAUAAUUAUGGGUCAUGCCCCAUAUUAAACCUCCACCUGCCCCCAUCAGUGGUAGCUGUUACCUGUUACACAUGCUCUGUUCAUCUGCGAUACUUUGGCCAACUUUUAGAGCUGGCAAGACCAAACUGUGUAGUAGUUAACAAGAGACAGUCAGUUGGGUCAUGUCAGGACAUAUCUCUGCAGCAGGGACAAACGAGUCUUAAAUGUUCCUAGCAUAGCCCCACAGUCCAUCCCCCUUUGCUGCGGACGAUUUGUUCAGAUCUCACUGCAUGGAAAAUCUUGAGCCUAUCUUGAAUGCCUUCUGUGUCUUGUUUUGUUUGCUCACAUUGCAUUUCCCCCCCUAAAACUCUGAAAUGUCUAUUCAGGCUUCUUUGUGGGAAACCCCCUGGACAUAAGGGUAGAUGAAAAUAGAUGCUGUUAUAUUAACUAUUUUUAGAUCUCAUUGUAAUUGUGCCUAUCGUGCAGAAAGUUCUUGCCUUGCUAUGCCAUACUGGUUGGUCUGACCUGGAUCUCCAGCUCUUGUCAGUAAAAAGGAGUCUUACUUGAACUGAGGACAGGGAAACACGAAGGCAGAAAAUGUCCCCGAAGCUGGCUACAUUUGUUUCUGCUCCCCUUUUUGCUCUCUGGAUUCCAUCAUAUAGGAACCUAAAUAGAAAUAUUCCUCAGUAGUCUUCCAGCCUCAGUAGCCAUAGAAACCAGCUAUUUUUAUCUAUUUUGCAUGAUAUCAAUAAAUGACUUUUUCUACACUGGAUAGACAGGUCAACUCAGCUUCCUGCUAACUGGAUGUCCUUAAUAAGCCAUGCAUAUCUCUUGUAUAAUAUUGUACACUGAGAAUAGAAAACAGGAUUGUUUGUAAGUGCACAAAGGAUCCUGCUAUGUAGAUAAUUCACAUUCUAUUACGUACCCUUUCAGAGAGAGAAAAUAUUUACGAGAAUUUUUAGAAUACACCCUUUGUAGUAUUUAUUUAUUUUAAAAAAUGUAUUGAGAACCAGGUGGUGGUUGUCAUUUAUCCUUGAUACACAAGCAUUCGCUUUUAACAAAGAUGACAGCUUUUUUAAAAAAAAGACACACCACAGUGUCUCCUUCAGAUUAAAUUAAUGACUGUGAGAAUAUCAUUGUAACACUAAAGAAAGCCAGCCAAAAAUAGUGUAAUUGUUUUAUGGAAUCCAGUCUGUAUUUGCUAAAAGAGGCUUUUAUAAAGCAGGAUAAAUAAUCAAAUUUGUAUGCUCAAUAAUCAAGUGCACUUCACAAAAGAACAUAAUUGCAAUUUGUAAUGCAGGAUGCUUCUCCUAGGAUUUCCGGUCCCACAAUUGGAUGAUUAUGGUAGUCUGCCAUAUCUCUUUGGAGUCCUAAAUGUUUAUCCAUUUAUUUACAUUGCAGAGAUGAAGGCAUUGCAAUACAUGUAAAAUGUUUAUUUGAAACCUAUACAGUAGAGUCUCCAUUGUCAAAACCUUAAUUGAAAACUUGUUAUCCGAAUUCACUGUGUACUUCAGAACUUCUGUAUCCCUCUGAAAAUAAUAUUUCCAUUUAUGUGGCCCACUGAGUAUCUGAAUGCUUUGGAUGACUCCAAGGCCAUUUCAACACACAUAUCUGUACAGAAUUGCUGUAUGUGCCCUUAAAAUCCUAUGAGCCUUUUGGUUGGGGAAUUUUUUCUGGUGAAAAAAAAUGGUGCUAAAAAUACAUAUUCAUGGAUUGUAUGUGAUAUAUAUGAUAUAUAUUGAUACAAAGUAAGGCUCAUUGACAACUUGCUAGAUGUUACUGAGAUUACCUUGCUAAAAUGAAAGAGAUCGUUCUACAUGCCCCAAAACCUUAGCUAUGAUAAAAUCAGAGAAGCCCAACUGACUUUAUUACUGAUGCAAUCCUGCUGAGCAUGUUAUAUAUACUUUCCAGUGCUUCUCAACACUGACACAGCAGGACCCUCUUCCAAUUGGAUCAGUAAACCCCUCACGGCACAGCUGAUUUUCUUUUAGCCCUUAACAGAUAUAUUUUGGGUUGUAACAACAUAAAGCCCAAAGACUUCUGCUCUAACAAGGUGGUUUACAAGGUUGUAUUAUAAAUUAUAGAUGCCUAUCAUGUCUGUAUCUUUCACUGAAAUACUUGCCGAUCGAUUGGCCUUCUGGCUGAUUAAUUCCCUUUUCUUCCCAAUGCCCGUUUUCGAACCAGCUUGCUUGACUUCAGUUCCUUCCUUUGUAUUUUCUUUCUGUAAACUAUGCACUUGAAGUAAGCACUUUUUUGCUCUAACUGUGAAAGCAUGCUUAGGAGAGCAGAUAUGUUAAUUGCUGUAAUAAACAGACUUUAUUAUUACGUCUCUGUGCAGUCUAUAAAUUACAUCUGCUGUUGCUUGAUGCUUUCUUUAUUGUUACUACGGAUGAACUGAAAUACAUCCCUAACCUGAACCACUGGUUACUUAAACAAGUGAAAGGAGCACAAAGGUAGAAACACUUGCUGACUAUGAUCAGGAAUAGAAAGCAAAAGGGUGGCUGAAAGAGAAGGCAAAUGAGGCCGCUUUGCUGGAAAAUGAGCUGUCCACCCUCCUUUUUAUUAUUCAGUAUGAUGAAAACAACACAGAAAUAGCACAGCCAUUACAAUGUUUUCAGUUAACAAGUUUUUAGAUCUAUAUACACUACCCUGGCAGCCUAGAAUAUUCUAGAUGUUUGGGCCACUGGGCCAGGAAAUCCAAAAGGUGCCCUCCAAAGUGGCACAUGCCUAACAUCUUGCUGUUCUUUAAAGCCAUCUCCAAAUCUGAUGCUUAAUGGUAGGAUGAACUCUGCAUGACAAUGUGUAAAGGAAAUAGAAUGAGUGGGAAGGUCCUCUUAAAUCCCUGCUGAUGUAUCUAGGCAUAUCCACCCUGGCACCUCCAGGCAGGGAUGAAGAAAAACCUGUAGUUAGUGUAGACCAGUGAAGGCCAAACUUGGCCCUCCAGCUGUUUUGGGACUAUAAUUCCCAUCAUCUCUGACCACUGGUCCUGUUAGCUAGGGAUGAUGGAAGUUGUAGUCCCAAAACAGCUGGAGGGCCAAGUUUGGUGUAGACUGGUGUAGACCAAGGAUGAGGAAUCACAGGCCUGGAGGCCAAUGUAAAAGCCUCUUUCAAGCCCUCAUGACUCUCCCUUGGCCAUACAUGCUUUCCAGGCCACAGCCCUCACCAGCCCUGCUUUGUACUCUCCUAGGGUGUAGUUGCCUGGCUGGAAUAUGUAUGCAAACUCGGGUUAGGAUUGCCUGGAUGGAAGACUGAGGGAGAAACUAGUCUACCAUAAAGGUAAAGGGACCCCUGACCAUUAGGUCCAGUUGCAGACGACUCUGGGAUUGCGGCACUCAUCUCACUUUAUUGGCUGAGGGAGCCGGCAUGACUAAGCCGCUUCUGGCAAACCAGAGCAGCGCAUGGAAACGCUGUUUACCUUUCUGCUGGAGCGGUACCUAUUUAUCUACUUGCACUUUGAUGUGCUUUCAAAAUGCUAGGUUGGCAGGAGCAGGGACCGAGCAACUGGAGCUCACCCCGUCAUGGUGAUUCGAACUGCCAACCUUCUGAUUGGCAAGCCCUAGGCUCUGUGGUUUAACCCACAGCACCACCCGCAUCCAUACAAACAUAAUAAAUUCACAUUUGCUGAUGUGCCCACUCUUGUCUCUGGUCUGUUCCAUUGGCAAUGCUUUUUACUAGAACCAACUAAUAUGUCACCAAAUCAUGACAAGCUUUCCACUUCUACAGAAGUCUAUCAGGCAAGAUGCUACACAAAGUAUGGGGGAGGGGAGGGGGAAGUACAAAAACUAGCCUGAGUGUUGUAACCAGGUCAGUUUACAGAUUCAGUUCCAAGAUGGAGAUUGCAGAGUGACUGGCCUCUCCCAGGUGUCAGAGCCAUGAGGAUCCCCCUUAUCCAUUCUCCUCGUAUGUUGUGUAAGAUAUUUGAGUUCUGGGGAACUCACAAAUUUGUUAGAAUUUUGUGACAUUUUGGUUGGUCCUAAGACAGCUAUUGCUCAGGGAGAUCUUGAGAUGAAGACUGAAACCAAAGAAGCAUCCAAAAGACGAAAAUGUUGUAGUUACAGAUAACCUUGGCCAGUGGCGUAGCGUGGGUUGUCAGUACCUGGGGCAAGGCAAGUAAUUUGCGCCCCCUAACCCGUGGAUUUGCGCCCCCUAACCCUAACCCCCAGAUGUUGCGCCCCGCCCCCCCUGCACCCCCCACACUACGCCACUGACCUUGGCUACCCUCACAGGUCUAAUUCCAGCAUUUAAUCUACUGGAUAAAUGGUUCUUUAGUAAGAUGGGUGUGUUCCCUAAUACCUUUUAUUGCCUUAGAUAUUCCAGGUUCUAAAAAUAAAACUGCAAAAGUUGUCACCAGUUUUAAAUAGACUUGAAGGAUUUAUUUAAACAUGAUGGUUUGUGAUUUUAUAUAUAUAUGUAUAACUUUAUUUUCAAGGUCUAGGCCUUCAUAAGACAUACCUGAAUGUAUUAAAACAAUACAAAUACAAUAAAAAAUCAACAGAAAGAUAACCAACAUAAAUCAGAUUAAAGCAGCAAAAAGAAUACAGAGAGCCUCCUUUUUUAAAAAAAAAAAAAAACCCAAUCCAAAUAAAAAGAAACCAGCCUUUUAUAAUAUUUCAAGAUCACUUGUCUUUUUUGUUAUUUCCCAAAGAGAGCAACCCUAGUAUGAGAAAAGGACAUAUGAAACACUAUCAUCUAUAUGUAGCCUAUAUCCAAAAUCCAGGAAGGUCACUUGAAACUCUGUAAGAGAUCAAUAAACCUCAGAUUUAAGCCUUAUUUGAUGUGGAGAGCUCCAAAUCUAGUAAUCUAAUCCAAAAUGAAAAAUAAAUGUGUGAACCACCCUAAAGAUGAAGUGUAAAAGAACCACAAAGCCUUUUACACUCAAAUCCCUUUCUCUGCUUUAAUGGUAAAAUAUAUUCCUGUGAAUUAUUAGAUUAUUAGAAUUAUUAGAUUCCUUAGGUAAGAUAUAAAGAACAAAGUAGCAGCAGUCUGUAUCAAAACAAGUACAUGCUUCACAAAGCUUUUUGCUGGGAUAUAAAAUGUCAAGACAAACUUUAUUAUCUAUUGCAGUGGUGGGCAGACUUCAAACAUGCUUUUCCCCUAGAACUCAAGAGCUGGAGUGAAGUGCAAAAUAUUGGCUUAGAAAGAGGAACAGACAUAUGCUUAGAACUAACAAAGAGGGCUCCUCUAGGAAUAACCCAUCCCAGAAUAUUUUUCAGUGUUGGAACUGAAAUAAAAGUCCUUUCACACAAAAAUCCAUUCUUGGUUUCCCCCCCAUCUAUGCUUUUUUUUUGGUUUUUUGUUUUUUUGUUUCAGUAGCCUAAUUUCAGGAGGAAAGCUGAAGUUAUGGGAGUCAGAUAUCUUUGCUAAGGACCUGGUAGAUAUGGAUCAACUUUUUGCCUACCCCUGACUAUUGUAUGUGUGUCAUUAAAAGUUGAAUAAAUUAUACCGGAAACUUCAACAAACAUGUUAAAAAACCCCAUUUAUUAUAAGAUACAAGGCAUUUAGAGAUAUCCUAAGGUAAAACUUCAAUAGGGGCUCUUCCAGAAAUCAGCUUCCAUAGGGACAGCAGCUGCUGAUCUGAAAGUACAUUUUAACCAAAAAAAAGUGCUGGUAAAAGUGCUAAAGAAGUAUUUAAAAAGCAAACAAUUCAGAGAAUGGGCACAUAAUAGCGUUAAGAAGAUGAGGUCCGCAUGGGGCAACUGAGAUUAGGGCCCUGAGCAGACUCUUUCAGAGGUCCUGACAGGUUCAGGCCGCUUCCAGCUGUUGAGGAUGCUAGUGAUAAGAACAAUAAAAGAGAUGACAUGUGAAAACAAUUAGACACAAAAAACUGGUUUUGCUUAUAUAAACAGCAGAUUUCAGAAGACAUGUUCAUCAAGGUCCAAUUUUGUGCCAUCAGAACCGAUGUAUUUUUACGAAUAUUUGUGAUCAUUUUAAACUCUUUAACAGGACAAAAUCUGUAUCAGUUAACAACAACAAAAUUACAUUUAAUUUGCUUAAAUUUGCAGCCCUAAUUGGACAGAGUGGGCCACUUUUUGGGGGGAUGUCUGAUGCACAUAAAUACAAGUUGUGAAACUUAUCUAAUGCCAAAAAACAAACAACUGUGUGAGGUCUCCACCCUAAAUCAAUAAGUGUCUAAAUUUAAUGCCUUGGCAAAAUGGCCUUCCUGGGUCCCCCUCUGCUUGGCCUUUGCCCUGAGUGCACAAAAAAAAACAUGGCUCUGGCACCUGUCUUUUACUUCACAAAACAGUUAGAAAGAAGUGAUUGAUGCCAAAGCUUGAUAAAUAGCAGGUUAGAUAAGAAAAAAAUUAACCUGAAAUGGAGUCAGUGAAAGCUAUUAUUUCAAUGGCAUUUCCAUGUAAGCAUUUGUUGGUUUGUACCUUUAUUAUAGGUAUUUAGGGAUGCGGGUGGCGCUGUGGUCUAAACCACUGAGGCUUAGGCUUGCCGAUCAGAAGGUCGGCGGUUCAAAUCCCUGCAACAGGGUGAGCGCCCGUUGCUCGGUCCCAGCUCCUGCCAAUCUAGCAGUUUAAAAGCACGUCCAGUGCAAGUAGAUAAAUAGGUACCCAUAACCCCAGUCAAGCUUGCAAAAAUCUACCAUUUGCCUGAUAAUAAAUGUUGGAAAUGUAAAGAAACUGAAGGUACAUUUUUUCACCUUUGGUGGACGUGCCCAAAGAUUAAGGCUUUCUGGGAGAUGAUAUAUAAUGAAUUAAAAAAGGUAUUUAAAUAUACCUUCUUGAAGAAACCAGAGGCCUUUCUCCUGGGCAUAGUCGGCCAAUCGGUGUUAAAAAAGGAUAGAACUUUCUUUAUGUAUGCUACAACAGCAGCAAGAAUACUCAUCGCAAAGUAUUGGAAGACACGAGAGUUACCCACACUGGAGGAAUGGCAGAUGAAAAUGAUGGACUACAUGGAAUUGGCGGAAAUGACUGGCAGAAUCCGUGACCAGGGAGAAGAGUUGGUGGAAGAAGAUUGGAAGAAAUUCAAAGAUUAUUUACAGAAAUAUUGCAAAAUUAAUGAAUGUUAGAGUGAUGUUGGAUUGAAGUUAAGUGGCUUCUAGCUGUACAGGCUUUAAAGUUAUAAAUAUAUCAAGAUUAAGGAUUAGGAUUAAAAAGGUUAAAAGAAAUGGAAAAAUUGGUUUUUAAUAGGUAAAAAUUUAAUGUUAUAAUAUAUUAAGAUUAAGGAUUGGGAUUAAAAAGGAGGGAAAGAAAUUGCUGGACUAACAAACUGAAUUGGAAUACAAAAGAGGGAGGUAUGAGGAAGUCCGGGAAACAAGUAAAUGUAAAAUAAGUUAUGAAAAGACGGAAUUGUUUUUAACUGUUUUUUUUCCUCUUUUUAUUUUUUCGUAUUUUGUAUUUUGUAUUUUUCUUUUUUCUUUUUAAGUUUCUCUUGUCUAUUAAUGUGACUUUAUUUUUUCUGAAAUUUUAAUAAAUAUUAAUUAAAAAAAAAAAAAAAGAUAAAUAGGUACCACUCCGGGGGGAAGGGAAAGGGUGUUUCCGUGAACUGUUCUCGUUCGCCAGAAGCGGCUUAAUCAUGCUGGCCACAUGACCCAGAAGCUGUCUGCGGACAAACACCGGCUCCCUCAGCCAGUAAAAUGAGAUGAGCGCCGCAACCUGAGUCAUCCGCAACUUAAUUGGUCAGGGGUCCCUUUGCCUUUAUUAUUUAACCCAGGCCCACUUCACAUAUAGGUUAGUUUUCAUAUAUCUUUUCCCCAAAACACCAAUGUCUCUUUGGUCAGAGGUCUGCACAUUUAAUUUUAUGGCAGCCAGCAGCAGCAGGCUGCCCUCAGUUUAAAAAUAACUAUUUUGACAGUUUUGAUGCAGCUAUGUGAACUACAUGAUUUUUGCAUUCUGUACUGCCUGGAGCUAUAUGAGCUGAGAAUAAGGCAGUAAGGAAAAAGAUCAGACAGUGCCAUCUGCAGGGCUUUCCCUCAGCUUUUUUCCCCACAGAACACAGCAGCUAGCAAAGCAGCACUUUGGAAACUUAAUUCCUUCCACGAGGGCACUUCGCCACAGCAGGAGUCUAAGAUCCACAGUAGGCUGAAGAUAGGCCAGGUUUUUUGGAUAUAAGUGAAAGCAAUGAAUGGUGUCAUAAACAUCAUUUACAGAGAUCCCUGAUGAGGAAGAAAGGAUAGAAGGGAAAAUUGUCACUUAACCCUUGGGUUGCAACCUUAUUGAUGAAGCUGUUAAAUUAACCUUUUAAAACUAAUUGCACAAGCAUCCCUGUUUACUCAGACAACAUCUGGAGAAAAGUUAAUGAUUUUGGAGAUUUUCAGUGCAAAAAAAUUAAGUAUAAAUUUCAUACAGAACCAUCUUAGAAGUAUUCUCCUUACUAAAGAUCCACCGUCUUCAAAUGGGCUGUAUGGGGUGUUAGGACAGGAGUAGUACCUCUACUGUUGGGGGACAUGUUGUGCUCCUUCUGGGGUAGUUUCUCCAUCUUUGGUCCCCACCCUGCACUCAGCUCUCAUCUGUGGCUCCUGGAAGCUGUCACCAUUUGACAGCAGCCACACCCCAGGAACAGCUUCAACUGGCCAGCUAAACCAGGUGAGAGUAGCUGAUGGGUCUCAAACCAUCAGUGAGUUAGGGAUUUUCACAGCAUGUGAAGACAGGUUCUGGCAGACUGAUGGAUGAGACCAAUAGUAAGUCCAAUGGUCAAGACGGUGGUUUCUGCAUGUGCUGUAGAAGGGAGGGGCAGAUGGGGCUCAUCAACCUGGAAAGGGAGUCCAUCUAGGAGAAGGAAAACUCUGAUCCUAGAUCUCUGCUGCCUUGCAGGAUACCUUGGGGGGGAGGCAAAGGAGUAAACCCUACAAAAAUCCAGAGUGGAGUCCCUAAGACGGUUUGAUGGUGCCUUGUAGGUCUUCUUCUGGCAACUCCAGCAGCCAACCUGGUGCCAAACAUAUUGCUCUGCUUUCAUCAGUGAAGCUGAGAGGAGGGUCUUGUCAUCUGGGCAGCCCAGGACCUCCAUACACACUGUGCAGGCUUAUGGCCUGGAGAGGUCACUUUGGUGCUACUACUGCAGCAAUUUGACUUCACCCCUGGAGGCACACUCCAUUGUGUCUUGAGGCAGAGGGAUGCCAACAGCCAUCUUGAAAUAGUGCCUGAUGAGAAGUAUGCAAAUGGCUUUAAAAACAAACUAAAACACUAUUCCCCCCCUUUCAGAACCAUUGCCUCAUGCAAACUGAUACAGAUUUAGUCAAUCUGAUCAAUUAUUUUAUCAAGUAGCAACCUGAUCCUGUUAGGUGAGCUAAAAAGCACAUUGAUUUGGAUGGGUUGGAGUGUGCUAUCACUGCCUAGAAUGCAGUUUCACAUAUGCACAGGAUUUCUGUGGUGACAAUCCUGUGCACACUUACUUGGUAGUGGUGAUGAAGCAGACUCAGUACUGUACACAAAAAGCUUGUACCAUACUAAAUUUGGAGUCAGUCUUCAAGGAAUUACAGCACUGUAGCUUUUACUUGGGAGUAAGUCCCAUUGAACUAAUUAUUUCCUUUUGAGUUCUAGUUAAAUGUGCUUAGACUGCAAACAGUCUAUACCGCUAUUUAUACGCUAUUUAUAUUUCUAUUUAUACGACUAUUACAUUUCUAGGAAAGCAGUAAUUUGGUGAAAUGCUGGCUCUCCUACAGGCAUGCACAUGCAUGGUUUCGGCUGGACUUUAGUUGGCAGGUGGCAGCUGUAAGAUUUAUUGGCGUGGGUUACGUGGACUCAAGUCUUCCGUGGCAUCAAUGUUAUCGACCUGUUGUGUGUGAAAGUGUACGCGGUUUACAUCUUCAUUAAAUUACAGAGGUGAAGUCAAUAUGGAGACGACAACAAAAUAAGAGAGUCUUGUUGUGCAUUAAAGACUUUAACCAUUCAUGAGAGAGGUAAGAAGUGUUGGUCUGCCAACUGAGGACUUCUCAUGCCUCAGAAGACUCGGUCCACAAAAUAGCUACACCUUUUUAAAGUGACACAAGGCUCUUUGUUGUAUUUUCCUAUCAACAGCGACAGCUCGCUCUGCAAGCACCGCGUUCCCUGCCCACUUCGAACCUUACCACUUAUUGCUCCCCCCCCCCCGCCCGCAGGACCUUUAGUGGACCUGUCCAGUAAAAGUAUGUUCCCCACAAGGUGGUAGCUUCCGGCGUAACUGCCUUCUCAGGGUCUCAGUUUCCCCCGUAGGUUCCGCCCAUAAAGAGGCGUGGUCUGCCUGGUGGUUGGCUGGGUAAACACAUAGGGGCUGUCCUUCAAAACGGCGGUUUCAAAACAGCCCGGGAGGGCGCGAAGCUGUUGCUCCUCCUACUAGCUGCCUUGACAUCUCUUUCUGCGGGGGGCUUAGAGUAGGGUUUUGAAGUGAAAAUAAGUAAGGCUAUGUAAUUUCUUUACUUCCUUUAGCAAAGGGUAGCCAGUCUAGGAAUGCAGAAAAAGCAAGGUCCCCCACCUCGGUGAGUGUGUAUUUAAAAAAAAACCCCAAACAGAGCAGAGCGCAUGCGCAAAGAGGAAGCGGGGGGAGGGGGGAAAGCAAGCCGAAGAGCGGCGGCAGACUCUUCAAGCUGAGCUUUCCAAGAGCUUCCUAAGACCUCGUGGCGCAACGGUAGCGCGUCUGACUCCAGAUCAGAAGGCUGCGUGUUCGAAUCACGUCGGGGUCACGGGUCCCCGGGAGGGGAUUUAUUUUACCCCUUCGAUGAAGUUGUAAGCAAGCGGAGUCGAAGGUUUAAAAAUACCUUAUGUUUAGAAACACGCCGGCCGUUUAAGAGCAGGGGGGGCGCCCCCUCGGGGUUUGCAGUGCAGGGCGAGGAACCCAGACGGGGGUGAAAACGGGCGUAAAAGGCGCGGGGGUGGGAGGGGCGUCGCGUUCCGCGUGGAAUGUGGCGAAUGGAGCGCGACAGCUUCGUGAGAGCGAGGAGACUGAAUCGUGAGGCGGGAAAGCGAAAGGGCGAGGCCCAGUUUGCUACCGUCCAGGACGAGUUAAUAGGACCGAGGGGCCAUCCAGAUUCAUUUGCCUUUUCUUUUCCAAAGGAGGGAGGAGGCAAGUUUGAAAAGUAAUAGCCGUUUAGGGAAACUACCUCACAGAGCACUGUGAAUUUUUAUAGGGCGUUAUUAAAGCCCCUCAAUGAGGUAAAUAUAGAGCAAAACAAGGUUCAGGAGAUGCUUUUGGGGAGGCCCUACGGAGUGCUUUUUUUCCUUAAAAAAUGUUUAGGGGUACUCUCAUUUUGACUCAAGAAAAUCGAUUUAUAGUUCAAAUCGGGGGAAAUAAAUACAGUAAAUAGUGCAAAGUAAAAGUACAGUGCAAAUACAGUAAAAGUACAAAGAUUCACAAAAUGUUUAGUGGUAUGUGUACCCCCAGAAAAAACACACCGGCCCUACCCCUUUUUACACUGCAUUCUGUUACUUGCUGUUUGUUCACAAUAUUGAAAACGUGGCCAUUUUCAUUUUUAAAACCCAGAUGUCCUAUUUUCUAUAUCCCUCAGAAAAAGAGAAGGGUGAAUCUGAAAUUUUAUCCUCUUUCCAGCCCCUCACUUUCACAUACAUUUUAAAGAACAUGGCAUUCAGAUUUUUUUUGAAAUGGAAAAUUAGGGACUGACAGGGUCGGCUCCAGAUUUGAGAAACUCCAGGGCAAAAGUGCUUUGGUGGAGCUGGCAGGAGGCUUACCUAGCUGUUUGUAUCAGCUGGUUGGGAUCCAGCCUCCCUUUUAAUUUUUCACAACAUCUGAUCUAGCAUUACUCUGGGGGAAUUGUGGGGAAUUAAAAGUGUGUCCCGAUGAAGCUGUACGGACAAGAUGUACUGACACUGCUGCAUGUGGGACACCCUGACCCCCAUUGCUCAGGACCUCCUCAGACUUGGAGCUGGUCCUAUCAUUCCCCCAAUUUUUCAUCCCAUAAAAUGUGUUCCUAGCCGCCGCAACCCAAAAAAAGGCAUGGGGACCUGGUGUGUGUGCGUGUGUAAUCUGCUGGCUUCCGAAGGGUUCCGAACGCUCGUGCCAGUUCUUGGGGUGAUUUAAUUGGAAACACCUAAAAGAUGUGAAGAUGCUCACCUCAAGGGUAUUCCUUCUGGGUGCCUCCUGACUUGCUGUUUUGCAGAAAUAAUUCUGGAAAUACUGGUUUCUGCAGUUAAAAUUGUUCCAUUGUGCUAGUGCAACAAAUCCACUUUCUUUUUAUAACCUGGACUUCUUAUGGUUAGGAAAGUAUUCAGAGUGUGGCAAGAAUGAAUGAUUGACAGGAAGAUGCGUAAACAUUCCACAAACAAAUAACAAAUGGUCAAUUAAUUAUAUAUAUAUAUACACACACACACACACACAUACUGCCGUUUCACAGAAAAUAUUUCACAAAAAAUAUAACAAGGUAAUAUAUGACAUAAAAGCAGAAUACUGCAGUAACAACAGUAAAAAUCGGUGAAAGCCAAUUGGUAAAAAUAUAAAAAGCAAUAAAGACCAGAAAUAGUCUGCUCUCCCUUUAAACUUUGUACAAGUAAAUCGGGAGGAAUGCUCAAUAAACAGGUUGUCUGGAGGAGCCCUUGGUAUGAUUUAUAUAUGGGGAUAAUAAGAGUUUUGAGGACAAAAUGUAUUCUGAGAGCGGAUUUUAGAAUAUAUACUGAUAGAUCUUAUACAAUAAAAACUCGUGCCUUUAAUCAUUUACUGUAUUUUCAAUUGGGUUACAAUAGAAAUAAGGUCAUAAAACAAGCUGGAACAGCACACUGAUGCAUCUGAUAAUAUUGGCUUGAGAGCAGGAAAAUAUGUAUAUGUAAAUCUGAAAAGCAGUUUUGUUCUUUGCCAUGCUGUACUGCAGUUAGUGGUUGGAAUCUCUUUUUUCUACUUAGCUGUGUUGUUACUAAUCGGAUCAUACUGCUAUGGGGGGAUGAUGUAAUUCUAAACACCAGUUUACUUAAGAGUUUUCAAGGGCAUGCAGUGUGCCUUCGUCUCCAAUAGGAGGUGCACCGCCUCUUUUGGCUCUCUCUUUUGCAGAGAGUGCCAGGAAGACAAUGAGUUUUUUGCACUGUGCCAUUUCUGCCCACCUUCUCUUUGCACAAACAGUUUAUCUUGCAUAACUGCAGUCCUGUUGAAAGAAACGUUUCUUUGCUUCUAUAGGGCAGGCUACAAUUAUAGCAUGUUACUUGGUGAGCUUCACAAGAUGUGGAGGGGAGUAUUAGACAUGGGACAGUAAUCCCUCCUCUGCUGAAAAGUCUAGUUUUGCCCAAAAUAUAUCCAAUCAUUCUGGCAGUCACUUUUAUUGGUUCAUCAUGAUUCCUGACACUCUUUCUAGUUAUAUAUACUUUCAUUUUUGGAGCACUUAAACUGAAAUUUUGGCAGAAUCAUUUUUGUUGGUGUUGUCAGUGAGAUAUGUCACUUUAUACUUAAUUUGGUUUCUACAUGUUUAUGAAUAUGCAUAUAAACAUUGCAAUACUGUUCAUCUCAUCAUUCUUUUAAGACCAUAAGAAAUCAUUCCAAAGCUGGCACAAAUCCAGAUGCAGCACUUAAGCUAAUUCAAGUUUACUUGUCUGAUUCAAAAGUGAUUAAUGGGGGGAAAUACUGCAAUAAAGAGAGUAUUCUUAACCAGUGUUGUGUUUUUUCCAUAGACCCUACCAUUAGGAGAUAUGGAGAAGGUUACUGUUGAUGUGCACAUAGAAAACAAGGGAAAAGAUUCUCCAGAACAAGGCUCUGUGGAACAAGACUCCAAAGAUGAAAUUGAUGUUACAGCUCUGAGUGACACUGAGCUAUGGGAGCUUCUCUGUGCAUAUGGAAUCACCCCUGGACCAAUAUUACGUAUGCUUCAGAAGAGUGAUCACUAAAACAGUGAUAUAAAGGGCAGUUGAGUCUAAUGUAGUGAGGAGUUGAAUUUGUAGUAACAGAUGAGUGAUUUCCAGAUUAAGGCAAAUAGUUGUCAAUCCCAGCUAGAGGCAAGCCAGUUCUGGGCAGGGAGAGUGUAUGUAAUUGAUUUGAGGUUCUUUUUUUGGGGGACAGAAUGAAUGUUUGGUUGCUGCAGGUCAGCAUGGGCACAUGGCUCCACCGCUAUGCCCAUGGUGCCUUGUCCUUGCAACCACUCCCUUGGUAAUUGACAGCAGCCUCUUUGUUGGGAAACUAGGUGAGCAAUGCCUCUGCCCUGCCAACAGCUACUGCAUAGGAGAGGGCAAAGAUACUGGAUAGUCCUCUGUUGGGAAUCCCCCAGUUCUAGAUUUCCUGCAUUGGUUAAAGCUCCAUCCAGCUGUAACUAUGAUUAUCAACCAUUCUGAGUAUGUAAAAUUUCCCGUUCAAUGCAAACAAUUUAAUAACACUUUGAAAUGCAGCAAGCUAUUGCUAAAAACAUUUGUGCUCUGGCCUGUUUCUUUUAGCUUCUACAAGGACCAUUUAUGAGAACAAGCUCCUGCAGUUGAUGAAGCAAUGCCCAGGAACAGCAGCUGAGUUGAACAGUGAGGUUAAUUCUGAAAAUGAUGGAGAAGGUAGUACAUAGUAAUCAUUCCCUAAAUGAAAUGCUUUGAGCCCCCACCCCCAAUAUAUAGUACAGUCCUAAUGGCUAACAUAGAUUUGUUGUAAAUUCAAAUGAUGACAUUCAUAAUUAAAGUAAGCAUGUUGUGGGGAUCUCAUUCUGGAGCAAUCUCAUGAAGAGUUGGCGUGUGUUUGAACCAUUCUCGGGAUUCAGUUGUGUGUGUGCUUUUCAGGUUUCACCAAUGCACAUUAUUUGCAUACAUAGUUCCCCAUCAUGUUAGGGAUGCAUGUGCAGAAGACUACUUUCAUGAGCAUAUGGCUGGCACAAGGUGCCUGGAUUCUGUAAAUUCAGAAAAUAGGAUUGCUGAAAGUACAAUGGCUUGGGAAACGAAUGCUUUACCUAUUUGAAUAGUAGAGUGUGGGGAAGGAUGUUCUAGAAAUCUACCUGAGAAUGCUUCAGGAAAGCAUAUCACUUUCGUAAAAUCCCAUAUCCUAGCAUUCUGCACAGUAAAUUCAGCUACUUCUGAGCUCUUGAGUUUGGAACUCCAUUUUUGAAAGUAUUGUGUUGUAUAAUGUGGCAUAGAUGAAUCAGUGACAGUUACUAAAAAAAAAAAAUAUUCUCACCUAGGAAAAACCACAGAAGUAGUCAUCCAAACAAAUGGCCUCACAGUGACAACUGAACAUACCUCUGGGUCUGAAAAUGUAAGUAACCCAAGGCAUGAAUAUUUUAUGGCUAUAGCUAAAUUGUGAGCUAAUAUAAACUGAUGUACUUUGUGUCAGACUCCUGACAAGUGAAGCAAUUACUCCAAUCACAUAAUUAGAAUGUUCUUCUGUGGCUUCUGUUGAUGCACUAGAGCCCUAGGAAAUCUGAUGCAAAAUAGAUUUCACAGAUAGUUAAGAAUAUUCAACUUUAUUUACAGACAGAAAAUACACAUCAGAGGAAUUAUAACUGGGAAUGUAGAUGAAUUUCGGGUAUAUUUAAACGGGACAGAACAGCAUUCAUAUCCAUGCAGUGAAUUGUUCCAUGAUAGAUCUUCUAAUAAUCAAAUUGGCUACUUUUGAUUGUUAGCCUAAUGAAGAUAAAUUUUGGAGAAGCAAUCAUGGCAGAAAUUGAUUUUCUGGCAACCCACCAAACCCCCUAGGGAUGCCAACCUUGCACUUAAGCACUGGUCAGGUCCAACAAUGUGUGUGUGUGGGGGGGGGGGAAUUGCUAGAUACAAGUCACACCUCAGACAUGCUUAUCUAACCUGUUAUUCUAUCACAAAGAGUUUACAAACUCAAGAGUAACCUGUUACAAUGCCCAGCCAUACUUCACUCCCUCACUUGAUUUCUCCUGAGGUCAGCUGCUGGGUUGUCUGCAGGAGCAGCACUUGAAACACAAACCUUUAAGUCUCUUUUGGAAGAGUUUAUUGGCCAAAGGGGGCAACCCCAAUAUUCUGUGAUGUUUAUGAUGCUAUUAAAAAAAACAAAAAAGGCUGCUUGCUAACUCAGGAGUUACCCAGAUAUCCCAUGCUAGUAAUUUAUGGGUAGGAAAACAUCUCUUUAAAAUUAUGCAUUAAUUUUAUUUAAUCCUACUAUUGUAUAGAGUAGUUGGCUCUUUGUGGUCUCUGUGCAAGCACAUCUUUUGGUUUUUCACCUGUCCAAAAUACUGCUGAGAACUCUCUAAAGUAAAAGUCUAUAAACUGAUACCUCCUCUCAAGGGGGAAAGUCCUCCCACUACACUUAUCUCAUAGGGCAAAACACACACUAUCAUUCUUGGGGUUUUUUUUUUGUCCACUGAAGCAGCAUUGUGGAAAUGUUUAUUUCUUAGUGAAUUUUGUUAGCCAUUUUUCAUAGUUAUGGGCUCAUUUGUUUUCAGUUUCCUUUCAGUUACAGUCUCUGGCCUGUUAAUUUUUAUCAGGAUUUGUAUUUUACUUUUUAUUUGCUUUUCCUCCUGCCCUGGUCACUUAUUGUGCAUCAGACUUCAUUUAAGAAUUGUCAUGGUAGAAAAUGUCAAGUCAACAAAGAAUACAAUAACUACCACCACUGUUUAGGUGAAGAACACAAAACUGAUUCCUGCCUCUUAUUCAAAAAACUUACUAAGCAUUCUGAUCUCAGAACUCUGUAGAGCAGCCAACUGGUUGCAUAGUUUCAUGUUUAUAAAGCAGUAUGCCCAUCCUCACCCACACAUAAUAUCAUAUGACCUUCUCUAUCUUCCGUUUCAGUCAUAGUUUUUAUGUUUUGUUUUUUUUUUACUUCAGAAAUCACCUGCAGAUGUGGCAGAACGUCAGAAAAAACUCUUGUCAUCUGAUGUUGAACACAGUUUAGCUAAAAUAGUGGCAGAAGUAAGUAGCUACUGUUGCAGCCCUUUGAUUUAGUCAGGCUGAUGCAACUUUCAUUGUCUGGGUCAUUUAUCUUAGUUCUUCAAACUUGGGUCCCUAGAUGAUGUUGGACUACAGCUCAGAUCAUCCCUGACCAUUGACUGAGGAUUAUGGGAAUUGUAGUCCAACAAUAUCUGGAGACUUAAGAUAGAAGAACAUUGAUUUAAAUAAUAAUCCUGCGAUACUCUUUGUUGUAGUACUUACUUUCCAUGGAUGCUAAUUCUGAAGGAUUGCUACUUUGACUUAACUAUUUUAUUUCCAAAUUAGUUUUUGUUAUCCUCUGUGGGGGUGGGAAACUGAUUCUCUUAUUUUCCUAAAGAAAAAAAUAAUUUUCAAAUUUUGGCCAGACUUGUCAUAUGUUUAAGUUGGCUGCAAUUAAUGAUAAAGCUGGAGUUGCAAUGUCUCUUUUACAUCAACAGUUUCUCCAUUUUUAAAACUCUCAGAGUGAAAGUGUGGAGUGACUGCUGCUAAAGGAAUUGUAGCAAGCAGACAUUUUUUUUUUAGCAGACUUGCAAUUUACAAAUGAAUGAUACUGUUCAUGUAACAUGCCUGAACUUUUGCCAAAGACGAUACAUCAUCUUUGCAAUGAAUGCUUCCAGCUUUCAUCCUUUUCUUCUUGCCCACACAUCUUUAAUUAAUGUCAUCUUGUGUAUUAACAGCUGCAGGAAAUAUUGCCAGAGGGUAAAGUGGCACUGCAUCGGUCACAAGGACCAAGGAAGAAAGCUGGCAGUCCUGAAAGGAAUUACAGACAAAAGGUAUUUUUGCAGCGAUGGUACAACACACUCAAAUGUUAAACCUGGCACUAAAUAUGCCAUUCUUGAAAGCAGAGUUCUGGAAGCAAAGACAUAAAAUAUCACUUGUGAACAGCACACCACUCUAUAAGUCUGAAAUUAUAUAUACAUAUAUAUAUACAUAUAUAUAUAUAUAUAUAUAUAUAUAUAUAUAUUCAUUCUCUUGUUCUUUGCCCAGAUACUGAAACUUGAUAUAUAUUUGCUAGACCAAAGUUGUCAAAUGUUAGAUAUCUGUUCUUGCUGUAGAUGCUAGCUAACCAUGAUUGCAUUGCUUAUUUGUGGAUAAACUAGAAUUUGACUUGCGUUUUUAAAGUCAGAACCUUUUUUUGAACAUGUAUUUAACCUUCAAGGGUGACAUUUCUGAGAAGCUAUUAUAAACUGUUAGGACAUUCAGUUUAUGUGUAAGACAGAGUAAACAACAGGCAACCAGCGUUUUUAUUUGAACUCCUGGGUUGCCAUAAAUGUUUCACAGGUUUUCAUCUGACUUCUUUACUUCCUUUUCACUUUAUUGGCACAUAAGCGUUUUGAUCACAAUGUGUCAGAUGGCCUUCUAAAAAAGUAUGAAAAGGAUUGUUUUUCUUAAGAUGUUGCCUGUUGUUAAACAGAUUUUUAAAAAUGUAUUUUACUUCUAGUUAAGGCUGGGCAGGUUGAAAAGUUUUGUAGAGGGGCAGCAGGAAGCACACAAGCUCUGCUAGUUUUACAGUAAUGUCAGUCUACGUCCCCAGAGUAGAACUAAGCAGAUCGUGUCAGUUGCUCCUCCAGAUUUCCCUUAGCAAGUAACAUGCCCUCUGACAGCUUUCAAGGUAGGAAUAAUUUAGGUUGUGGAGGACUUAAAACCAAGAACUGGCCAUAGUUGUAUUUAUAACCUCAGAAAAGUAAUUCCUGUGUCUGAUCUUCAUGUCAGAUAUGUCUGAGCAUUUUAGGUCCGGUAAAGAGAAUAUGUAACUGGCCUACAUGGACGUAGGCAGGGGAGGGCUGGUGCCCCCCCAAUCAAGUAAAACAAUAGAAAUAACUAACUGACAAAUCACAUCAGUUCUGCCUUCCCAAGUCCUGCCCUUUCCCCCCCAAUGAAAAUCCUGGCUACACCCAUGCUGGCCUAUAUGCUUACCAUUUCAUACUUGCUUAGAAGCAAGCAGUUUCAUUAAUCAAAAGUGAUGCACAUAUGUGGGACAAUGAAUUUGGAAACCUGGACACUCUGGAAAUUGCCUCUGGUUCAACACAUCAAACCAAGAAAGCCAAAUGUUUCACCUUCCGCAUAUAGAACUCAGGGAAAGUUGUGUCCAGACAAUCCAUGAUGAACAAACACAUUUGAGUUUGUCUCUAAGAAGAUUAUAAUUAAUAAGAAAGGAACACAAUUGGGUUUUUUUUUAAAGGGCUUAUGCCAGGAACCAUUGGGAACAAGAGAGAGAGGUGAUAUAUUUGGCUAUGUUUAGAGAAUCAGAUUGAUAAAAGCACAAACCUUAUAGUGGGGAACUUUCACAUAAUAUGAUCUAAAAUAGAAUAUUAUCCCUACAUGACAGUACCAUUCAACUACAAGCUUUCACCAUAACCACAAAAGGAGGUAACUGCUAGGAUGCCUAUGAAACAAACCUUUUUCCUUUUUGCAGACAAGUGAUCUACCACACCAAGACUUUGGCUAUCCUGAUGUUAACGUUACUGUAGGACAAAGGUAACGCUCUUCAAAAACUGCCUGACAAAGGAUCUCUCUCUCUCUCUCUCUCUCUCUCUCUCUCUCUCACACACACACACACACACGGAGAUAUCAACAGUUCCUUAGAAUUCCUAGUCUUGGAAGUAAACUGAAGAAGUUCUGUUAUGGCUUUCCAUAUGUUGUGGAAAAGAAACUCAUUGAACAUACUGAGUUUGUGAAUAUUUACAGCACAGCAGAGGUAGAGAACUGGAUCAAGCCGUUGGACCAGGUCUUUACCUUCACAAACCCCUGUGGGCCAAGUUAGACUGGUGGACAGAACCCGCCACCUAUUAAUUAUUUGAUGUUACUAUGAUGUCAGAUGACCUGUUUUUUUCCAGGAGAGAAAGGUAUAUGUCCCUUCCCGGGCAUCAACAAUCAGCUGAUUGUUGGCACUUGAGAAGCAUCUGUUCAAGGCCUGUGCUUGGCAGUUGAGAUUAUAGGGGUUUGGGAAGCACUUAGCACAGGACCUGCAAAGCCCUCCUACACAGCACUCUUCAAGUACCAAUAACCAGCUGAUUAUCAUCACUUUGGAAGCAUUGCACUGGGGGCCUUGGUUGAUCGUGGAUGCAAAGCCCCUUUCAUCAAGCCCUGCCUUUACCUUCCUCAUGCCUGCUAUCAUAUAUGAUGGGAAGUGUAGAGUAGAUGGAUGUGGCUUGGCCAAAACAGCCUCGUGAACCAAAUGAGGAUUCCUGGAAUACCUGAUGAGGCCCAUGGGCUGGAAGUUCCUCACCUGAUUUAGAGCUUACUGGGUUGCAUAGGUCAAUAAUCUUACUCUGCAGAUAUAAAACAAUUGUGUGUUAUAUUAGUUUCAAGGGAGGUCAGUAGCUUAACACUCUGAUCCAUGGCUUAGCAUAAAUGAGCAAACAUGGAUUCCCAGAGUGAAGAUGGGGACUGCCGCACUUUCCCCCUGGUCUUGCUGCUGCUAAGCCAUGAUUUGGCUUAGCAUUAUACCCAAACCCUAGCUUGUGGUUUCUCUCUCCCAGACAAGCCUCAAGUGGUAAACCAAGAACAAACCUUGGUUCUAACACCUAAACUAGACAAUUAUUCCAGCUUUUCUUCACAAUUAGUUUAUUUGUGGUGCAAGCAGGUGGUAAUACUUUCUGCUUUUCAGAGCACUUAAUUUUAAUGAUAGAGGGCAGAAUUCAUCUAACCAGCCCUGUCAGUCAAAACCUUGCAUAAGGACUUGCUUGCAUUAUGGGGCUUCCCUCCCCUCCAAAAAAAGAGGCUUUUGGAGGGAUUGGGAGAACUCACAGGAGAGUUGGGAAUCAUUUCAUCUGACAAGGUGAAAUGUUUGUGUAGAAUUGGAAGAGUGCAAUACUUAAAUAGGUUAGUCUGAGGUAGGGAACAAUUGAUUGCUGGGAAGGGGAAAACAAGCAACAAUGGACUAAGCCUUUGGAAGAUAUAUCUUUGUUGGGAUGGGACUUUACUAGUAGUUCAUCAAUUGGCCUAACAAAUGUGCUGCUAGAAAGCUUGAAUGGUUUCCAGAAAAGUUAGGACAGAGAAUUUUCAACAGCAUUAAGCUGUCCAGCCCCUGCCAUUCAGAAUACAAAGUUCCCACCCAGUACCACUCCUGCACCUGUUCUAUACAAAAAUGUUAUUCUGAAUUAUAGUGCUGCAGUUUAGUAAUCUUCUAGUUUCCUGUUUUUCUAGGCUAGGAUGCUGAUCUAGUGUGAGACUACAUGUCUUAAUUUGAAAAGUGUUAGGCAAUGUUUCUCUUUUUAAAAGUAUGAUCAGCAAUAUUGCUUCUUGUGUUUCUAGUGCUAGAAGAAGAAGAAACGCAAUAAAGGAGAAUCCUCCCUCUGUGAAACAAGAUCCUGAAACCAAAUGCCAUGCAGUACCUGGGAGAUCAAGAGAAGGACGUAUACCAAUACGUGUAAAGAUUGCUGCUUUUGCCAUCUUCAUGUUCCUUCUCUUUGUGUAUGUAACUAUGGAAACUAAUUUUCAUAAUCCAUUCACAAGCUUUGCCAAGGGCAAAUGA